UACAAAGCAGAUAUCAUGGCAACGUCAAGCUCAGUAAGUAAUACUUGGGUUUUAGAUUAUUGCACGAUAGAAAAUAAUAAGGCAAAAUGCGAUAUUUGUUCCUGGAAUCAUAAUCUUAUUGACGAACAAUUAGACCAAAUAAAAACUCACUUUAUACACAAACAUAAAAAAUCUUAUUGGACUAUUAUCAAAUCAUCAAUAAUCAACUUUAGAUCAUAUGAAUCGACGCAAGUUUAUGCAAUAAAAAAUUAUGACGUCUACUGCAAUUUUUGUAAUCAAAUUUUUUUUGGAGAAAACAUAAAGUUCCGUUAUAUACAAAAACAUAUAACGAAAACUCAUACAGUUGAAAUAAAUAAAGCAAAAGAAAUCUACAAAUGGCUGCAACAACAUUUUGGCGAAAAUAAUAUGGAUGCAAAAUCGUGCUGCUGCAAUCAUUGCAAUAAUGACAUUCCCAAUAAACCAGUAUUUUUAAUGAUUCAUUUGGAACAAGUGCAUGAUGAGAUUAAAAUACCUGAGGAGAUCAGACCAACAGAAUUAUGGAAGUGUAUUGCAAAUAACAACGAAUGGAUGUGGAAAUUUGUCACAAAAUAUUUAUUAACAAAAAAUGAGGAACAUGUAAAUUGCAAUAUUUGUGAUAAACGUUUAUCUAUUACCGUAGAUUACGCAACUAUAAAUCUCCACAUAUAUCGUAAACAUAAAACAGAUUAUAGAAAACAAAUUUCAUUACAAGUUUUAAAAGAAAAGAACUUUUUUUCUAUAGAAAACGAUCAAGCAAAAUGCAAUAAAUGUUCACAUAUUAGUUCUAUUCGUUGUAUUGAUCAGAACAAGGAUCUGGAAAAUCAUUUUUCGAAUGAACAUAAACUUGAUUACGCUCAAAUAAAUAAUUUUGUCAACUGGCUAAAAUUGUAUCAAAAUGUAAUUUAUUUUCAAACAUUAGAAUGCAAUGCUUGCAAGAACAUUUCUAAUGACAAUUAUUUUAGUUUAAUGAAACAUUUUAUUAAAGAACAUCCAAUCAAAUUUCUCUUACAUCUAAUAUCAAAAAAAUUAUUAGAUAAUUUACAAAUUUUAAAAAUAUUUAAUGAUGCUAAGGAUAUUGCUAAACCAGGAGGCAGCAAUCAGCAGCCACGUCAGAAUAUUAACCAAAGUUCUUUCAAAAUUACAUCACCAAGGUUAUCAGAUAUUUCAGAGUUUAAAAGUUCUGAUAAUGACAUAGAAAAUGUAGGUACAUCAGCAAUAAGCAGCUAUGAUCAGCCAAUUCCGAAUAUUGAUCAAAGCUCUUCCAAUAACACAUCAAAAAGAUUAAUAAAUGAUAAAGAUUUAGAUAUUUCAAAUGCUGAUGAUGAUGCUGAAGAUAAUGCUACAUCAAGCUGUCAGCAGCCAGUUCAGAAUGUUGAUCAAAAUUUAUCCAAAAUUUCACUAACGAGUAGUGCACGACAGAUAAUACAAAGUAGAUAUAUCAUGGACACGUCAAGCUUAGAAGAUAGUAAUUGGUUUCUGAAUUUUUGCACAAUAGAAAAUAAUAUGGCAAUGUGCGAUAUUUGUUCCUGGAAACGUAAUCUUAUUGACAAACAGUUAAACCAAAUAAAAUCUCACAUAACAAGUAAACAUAAAAAGAUUUAUCGGAGUAUUAGCUCAUCAUCAGUAUUCAGCUUUAGAUCAUAUGAAUCGACGCAAGUUUAUGCAAUAAAAAAUAAUGACGUUUACUGUAAUUUUUGUGAACAAAUUUAUUUUGGAGAAAACAAAACGUUGCGUUAUAUACAAAAGCACAUAACGGAUACUCAUAUAGAUGGAAUAAAUAAAGCAAAAGAAAUCUGCAAUUGGCUACAAAAACAUUUUGGCAAAAAUAUUGUGGAUGCAAAAUCAUGCUGCUGCAAUCAUUGCAAUAAUGACAUUCCCAAUAAACCAGUAUUUUUAAUGAUUCAUUUGGAACAAGUGCAUGAUGAGAUUAAAAUACCUGAAGAGAUCAGACCAACAAAAUUAUGGAAGUGUAUUGCAAAUAACAACGAAUGGAUGUGGAAAUUUGUCACAAAAUAUUUAUUAACAAAAAAUGAAGAACAUGCAAAUUGCAAUAUUUGUGAUAAACGUUUAUCUGUUACCGUAGAUUACGCAACUAUAAAUCUCCACAUAUAUAAUAAACAUAAAACAGAUUAUGGAAAACGGAUUUCAUUACAAGUUUUACAAGAAAAGAACUUUUUUUCUAUAGAAAACAAUCAAGCAAAAUGCAAUAAAUGUUCACAUAUUAGUUCUAUUCGUUGUAUUGAUCAGAACAAGGAACUGGAAAAUCAUUUUUCGAAUGAACAUAAACUUGAUUACGCUCAAAUAAAUAAUUUUGUCAACUGGCUAAAAUUGUAUCAAAAUGUAAUUUAUUUUCAAACAUUAGAAUGCAAUGCUUGCAAGAACAUUUCUAAUGACAAUUAUUUUAGUUUAAUGAAACAUUUUAUUACAGAACAUCCAAUCAAUCAAAUUUCUCUUACAUCUAAUAUCAAAAAA